GCGAGCGUGCCUAGCAGGCGGCUUUUGGGCAGCUGUGGCCAGGGAAGAGGAGUUGCAUGUGUCGCUUCAGCUGGCGGGAGCGGAGGCGGCGGGGACUGUGCGGCCGGCUGGGUUUGUGAGAUGGCUACUGACAUUUCUGAAUCCAGUGGUGCUGCUGAUUGCAAAGGCGAUCCGAGGAACAGUGCCAAGUUAGAUACGGACUACCCUCUUCGAGUUCUUUAUUGUGGAGUCUGUUCAUUACCAACAGAGUACUGUGAAUAUAUGCCUGAUGUUGCUAAAUGUAGACAGUGGUUAGAGAAGAAUUUUCCAAAUGAGUUUGCAAAACUGACUGUAGAAAAUUCACCCAAACAAGAAGCUGGAAUUAGUGAAGGCCAAGGACCUGUAGGGGAAGAGGAGGAGAAGAAAAAACAGAAGAGAGGUGGAAGAGGUCAAAUAAAGCAGAAGAAGAAGACAGUUCCACAGAAGGUCACGAUAGCCAAAAUCCCCAGAGCAAAGAAAAAAUACGUAACAAGAGUGUGUGGCCUUGCAACUUUUGAAAUUGAUCUCAAAGAAGCACAAAGAUUUUUUGCUCAAAAAUUCUCCUGCGGUGCCUCAGUAACAGGGGAGGAUGAGAUCAUCAUUCAGGGAGACUUCACAGAUGACAUAAUUGAUGUCAUUCAGGAAAAGUGGCCAGAGGUGGAUGAUGACAGCAUCGAAGACCUUGGAGAGGUGAAGAAGUGAUUCUGAGGUUAUGUGCUUCCGAGCUGACCUGAGAGUUGACAUGGCCAACAGAGGAGAGGCCUUUCAGAAAUAUAUACAUAUGUACAUAUGUGUAUAUAUAUAUCCUACAGUAAAGCUGUAGACUCCUCAUCCUUGGCGUUCUCACUGUUCUGUACAAGGCUGCUUGGUUUGUUUGUUUAUUUGUUUGUUUUUAUUGCCAAAGUCUGAAGAAGAGAGAGAGAGAGAGACUGUCAUGCUUAUGCAUGAAUCUGAAUUUAGUCAAAUAAAACAUUUUGGUUAUUUGGUACUGA